UACCGGUUUAUAUGUAAGGUAAUACCCUCUAGCAAGAGGCUAUUUCCGCUCCUUAUUAAGGAGUAUAAUAAUAACUAUUCUAUAUCGGUUAAGUUUAGUAUCCUGUGCUACUAUAAGAUCUUUUUAAAAAUAGCUAAAUCGUUAAUUUUUAAUAAAUAA